AUGAAGAACACUCUGAUCUUAUUUUUAUUGGCAUUUUGUGUCACUCUAGCAUUAGCCAAACAAACACAGCAAGAACUUGAAGAAGCCGAACUAAAAGCAUCUCAGGAAGAAGAUGAACGUGUCAAAGCUGCAGGUGCUCUUCUUGUUGGAUCGAGCGGGAUUUUAGUGCCAGAUGCUUCAGCAGAUAAGCCCAUGAUCCUUGAUAAUAAAAAAGAUCAACCACUUUGUAAACCAGAUACCACCUUGUCCUCUUCAAGACCACUGAAGGUGAUGGAUGGCUUUGAACUGACUGUGCUUGUUAAUAGUAUCCCUAAUCCUCACAAAAUCAUGAUUGAUAAAGCCAAUCAUGUAUUAGUAAUUUCGCCUGGUAAUGGUGUUUAUUCAGUGCGUAUGGAUGACUGUAGUAAUGCUAGCGUUGAAAAAAUCCUGGACAGCCAAACAAUGGAUCAACCUAUAGGUCAAAGUAUGGCUAUAUUUGGUGGACAUCUUUAUGUAACCACCACAAAUUCGAUAUACCAGUUUCCUUAUAGUGAUGGCCAGCAUUCCUCAUUGUUGGAAGGUCGCUUGGUGAUGACCAAUAUCCAGAGUGACGCUAUUGAUGUUGCCGUAGAUCCUUUUGGCCAUGCCUUUGUAUCUCGCUCUGUGGGUGAAAUUCAUGACAAAUUGGACGCUUUUCAUGGUAUCAUUAAAAAGUUUAAUUUAAAGCUUAUUCCUCAGCACGGAUUUGAUUACGAAAGGCAUGGUGAAAUGCAUGCUUAUGGUACAAAUACAUACGGUAGUAUGGGAUUUGAUACACAGGCUAGAUUAUGGGGCUUGAACGGCUUGUCUUCUUCUGAAAUCACUCGCGAUGAUAUUAAUCUUGCUGCCAAUGGUCUUGCCGAAGAACUUAACUUGUAUGAAUUUUCCAAGAUGAACUACGGUUUUCCUUAUUGUAUGACUGAAUAUAACUUGGCUGAAGUCUCUGCAAGUGCAGCCAAAGGGUUGGGCGGACAAUGGGCACAUCCUAUCUUCAUGAAUGAUUCCGUAUCCUUGGACGAUUAUUGUCAACAAGAAGUCAACAACAAACCACCUUCUGUUCCUUUGGCACCCAAUUCCUUGGCCGUCAGUGUUCAUUUCUAUUUAGGCACAUUUUGUAGUAUGGGCGACUCAACCACAAUGGGUACAUCCGUUGGGUUACCUUGUAAUUGGACAGAUACACCUAUCUUGGCCAAUCAUGGUAUUGAUGGUCAGCCUGCAGGUCAUAAUGUGGUGCGUUUGCCAUUUGAUGAUUUAGGACACAAACCUCGUUGGGAUAAAGAACCUGAAGUUAUUUUGGAACAAGCUGAACCCUGUAACGAUAAUGAGUGUCUCUCUCCUAAUGGUCUGGCUGUGGAUAAAUAUGGUCGAUUGUUUGUGACGAGUGACAAGACAAAUGAAAUACUUGUUGUCAGUCGUAUUUAUAGUGAAAGGGCUAUUCAUAUGUUGACAGACAAAUACGAAGAAGAAGCUGAGAGGAUCGGUUGA